CUGGUGUAGAAAAAAAUUUAGUCAUACAUAAAACCUUAAACAACCAGGAAAUUAGAUGUGUCAAUUAUCAAUUUUCAAGAAGAAUUUUUUAUAAACUUUUAAAUAUCCAAAGUUUGAGAAAAUGCUUUGGCGACUCCUGUGUCUGACGUUGUUCUGUCAUCACGUAUAUGCAAUCAAUCAAGUGUGUGUGAAAGAAGGUACUUCACAGACGUUAACAUGUGCACUGCCUGCAUCAUGGCAGAAUGUCACGUGGCAACUUGGUGGUGGGGUACAGGUGGAGUGUACACAAGACGGUACCUGCACCAAUAGUCCAGGCUAUCAGAUCUCUAACACCGCGACCACUAGCCAGCUGACCAUAAGCAGUGUCCAGAGAGGUCUCAGACUCGUGACUUGUCUAGUGAACGCCCAGCUUGUUGCUACCUGGAACCUGACGGUGUACGCCACACCAUCGUCCAUGAUGUGCUCACACACAUAA